AUGGUCCGCAGCGGUCCAUCCCCCGCCGCCCUCUCCGUGACCAGUGCCAAGGAUGCAGUGGAGGCCGGCCUGCAGCGCUUCUCUAAUGGCGACCCAGCGACUGCGCUCCAGCUCUUCCGCGCCGGCCUCUCCAUGCGCCCCUCCCCCGACGAGGCGAGGGCGGCCACCUACAACAGCGCCUGCGCGCUGACGGCGCUCGGCCGGUACCAGGAGGCUCUGGCGCAGCUGGAGAGCGCGGUGACAGUGCAUGACCUGGCCCUGCGGGUGGUGGAGCGCGACCCCGACCUGGCGGCCCUGCGCCUCGCCCCCGGCUGGCCCGCGCUGCGCUCCCGCCUGGAGGCCGCGCGCGGCGCCCAGUCCAGCACCGCGCUGCGGGCCGAGGCGCGCAGCCCCUUCCGUACGCUGCGCCUGCUGGGCCUGGGCGGCGUGACGCUGGGCGCCGGGCUGGGCGCCGCGGUGCUGGCGGCACGCCUGGCGGGGUUCCUGGGGCGUGGCGAGGAGGCCUCCCUCCCCGAUGCGCUCCAGAAUCUGGCCAUCAACCUGGCGGUGACAGGGGUGGCCGGCUUCCUGCUGGCCCGGGACUGGGCGGCGGGGCGACGUGGCGUGGCACAGGCGGCGCGGGAGGAGGCGCUGGGCGAGCUGCGCUUCCUUCCCCCGGCGCGGGGCGAGGCGGGCGUGCCACGUGCGCUGCGCACGCUGCGCGGCAGCCGCCGGCCCCUGCGUGGCAUCUGCGUCCUGCCGGUGGUGCUGCAGGAGGACAGCGAGACGGCGGAGCGGCUGGAGGGGCUGAGGCGGGAGUUUGCGGCCGGGAAGGGGGCCGCAGGCGGGGAGGGGUUUGCCGCGGGGCCCUCGCCCAGGGCGCCGGCGCAGAGCGCUCCACGCUGGCAGCUGGAGCCCGCAGACCCCCACCAGUGGAAGGCGUGGGCCACGGAGAGUGGGCUGCUGGGGUCCCCUUCGGCCCCAUCCACCGCCCCCGAGACCGGGUACAUCGUGCUGGACCUGGACGGCUGCAUCUCGGGGUCUGGGCCGGGGCUUCCCGACUGGCCAGCGCUGCUGGCCGCCACACCCACCCUCAAGCUCAAGGAGAGUGCAGCAAAGAAGAGGGGGGCCUGA